AUGGCGGCUCCUGCUAAUGGCCGUACGUGGGCCGCAGGCGGUGAACGCAGUGGAAAGUCGGACGAGGACCUCUUAGUGUUCGGUUACUCGUGCAAACUGUUCAGGGACGACGAAAAGGCGAUGCAUAUUGACCGCGGCAAGCAUUUGAUCCCGUGGAUGGGCGACAACAGCCUAAUGAUUGACAGGUAUGAUGCGAGAGGCUACUUGCACAGCAUCGAAGAAUACGAGCCGAAGCCUGGAGCGGCGCAUCGAUACGCCGCCUCACUUUCGGAAGAAGAGAGAGCCUUGGAAGAGUUGUGCGAAGAGGAGCGGUUCCUGGCACUCUUCAGGGACCUCCACGAGGAGUCCAUUUACCAAGAGGAAGAGCUCAAGCGUCUUAACGUGGCCUUGAAUGCGGACGGCACCUACAAGGAAACCGCCUUCUCUUACGACUCUGAAAACUCCGGCCUGGAAUCUCAAGACGCUCAGGAUGAGGCUGAAGUACCAUUCAAAGCACCCAAGGGACUUCACAUUCCAGUAUCAGUACCUACACCCCCAACUAUGAAGUUGCACGCCAUCAUUGAGAAGACGGCCCUGUUUGUGUCUCAGCACGGAGCCCAGAUGGAGAUCCUGGUGAAGACCAAGCAGGCCGGCAAUCCCCAGUUCGCCUUUCUCUCGUUCGACCACCCACUCAACGUCUACUACCGUUUCCUUGUAGAGCAGAUCAAGUGUGGAACCUAUGUGCCCGUUGAAGAGCCUACUGGCAACGAGGACUCCGAUGAUGAUGAUGACCACUAUCUCCAUCCAAGCUUGUUUGCCGCAUCAGCGCCAGCUGUGCCAGCCGCCGUUUCCAAGGUGUUUCUCUCUAAGGAAGGCGAGGAGAACGCAUACUCACAGCUCAUCAGAAACCUCAAGCCACAGCUGGACAGCCCUUCGGGGAAUGGCUCACCGUGCGCUCCCCAGGAUGUCGCAGAAGUGGCCAAUCAUGGCUACACGGAUGGUGCAGGCUACGAAGGUUACGGAGCACCCGAAGACUGUUCAGUGCCACCUCCACCUCCAGGCCUGGAGCCCAUCCUCCUUCCAACAGAAGCUGUGCUUACGGGAUAUGCGAUACCACCACCCCCAGAUGUGCAGCCAAUCAUUGACAAGAUGGCCGUCUAUGUAGCCAAAAAUGGGGAGGAUUUUGAGACCAUCGUCAAGAGCAAAGGUGACAAGCGCUUCGAGUUCCUGCUGCCCGACCACGAAUACCACCAGUACUACCUGCACAAGAAGCAGACGUACCUCAAUGAGCGAGCUCAGCAGCAGAAACAGCAGGAGUCAAGUGUCGUAGAGGCGGCAUCGAAGGACAAACUCGAACCCGCCGACAACGCUGGCAAGACUCCCUCAACGGGUGAUGUUGCGGAGCGGACUGAGGAGCGCUAUGACGUGGUGGGUCCCAAAUUAGAAAACGGCCUCAGCGUUGGCACGGACGACGGCCUUUCUCGGGCGGACUCUCCCUUCUCCAACAUUGACAGUAACGACACCAGUUCCCAGCCAGGGUUCUCGACUCCCAGUGACAGUAAUUAUGUCAAAGGUCCUGUGAGUUUCUCACUCAAGCUGAAGGAUUCGGAAGGAAAGGACAAAAAGCGGUUGCCACUUAAUGCUUCCGAAUCGGACUCCGAGGAACCGACUGAAGUCGCAGCCUCGGCUGCACCGGCUGCACCGUCUGUUGCUGCACCCGUCGAGGAGCCUGCGAAAGUGGUGGAGAAGGUCGCCAAGGAUAAGCAUUUAGACGGUGCGUCGUCAGAGGACCGGCUCUCCCCUGCUCGGCAGCUACAGCUGGAACGAAAGAAGCGCCUUGCCAAAUUCCUCAGCAUGAUCAAGGAUUCACAAGAUGCUGGUGCCGGGGGCUCAGUCUCGGCGACGCAAGCUGGACAGCAACGCGAGAGCUCCAAGGGUUCUAGUGCUACUUCUACACCGAAGGAACCAUCAAACAGGCUUGCCGACCUUUCACGAGCUCCCACCGACUCGCUUCCUGCUUCACCUUCGGCAAACUCCUCGAGGGAGCAGAGCAGUGACAGGGCCCCAUCCGCAGAAAUGGUUUCCCCACGCCGCAGGUCGCACAAGUCCUCGUCCAAGUCCCGCCACCGGUCACGUUCCCCGACCAAGCACCGUCAUCGCCACCAUCGGCAUGGCAGAGACACCUCCCGGUCACCGUUGCGGGAGAAGCACCACCAUCACAAACAUCAUCGGUCACCACGGCUUGUCACCUCUAAAAGGUCAUACAGUAAAAGUCCAUCACCAGUGCGGAGGUCCAAAACUAGGAGAUCAAGGUCUAAGAGUCCAGGAAGGAGAAGAUAGGAAAUAUUGUAGAAAUUUUGUAAUAUGGCUGCAUGACUGUAAAUAUACAUUUAUAUACUGCUACCAAUUCUCAUUGUUCAUUGUUUCAUCCGCUUUACACGAGGUGACAAUCGGUUUCAAAGGAGUCACGGGGCAUUGCAGUCUUCCUUAUAACAUAUAUUUAGCAACAUUUAAGCAUGUUAAAACUGUAGACAAUGUCCUGUGUUAUUUUUUCUAAACUUUUAAUCAUCGCUUUCUAAUUAGUCAUAUUGAAGGUGAAAUGUCAUUCGUGAUUUGCAAAUGUAAAACAAAACUGGCUAAUAGUAAAUGCUGAGAUGCUGUCGCAGUUGGUUAGUUCUGUAAAUUUCUGCCUCAUGACUGUUAAUUAAUAAAAUAUGCUUGUGAAAUGA